UUUUUUGUCGGUGGAAACAAGAUGGCGGCUCUGACAAGACCGCCAACAUAUUUACUCGAAUAGAUGUCAACAUUAACCCUCAUCGAGCGUUUUGUUCGCGACCUGCAUGUAUUUCAUGCAUCAUGAAGACCAGGAAGAUGUUCUAUAGUAGGGAUUGACGAAGCCACGACCGUUAGUAAAGUCAGCGUGAUGUGCGAGAGCUAUGCCCGCUCGCUGCUGCGUGUGUCGGUGGCGCAGAUCUGCCAAGCGUUGGGCUGGGAUGCGGUGCAGCUCACCGCCUGCGACCUGCUUUCCGAUGUGCUGCACAGAUAUAUCCAGCAGUUGGCCAGGGGUUGUCAUCGAUAUUCGGAGCUCUAUGGGAGAACAGACCCAGUGCUGGAUGACGUAGGCCAGGCAUUUAGGCUGCUGGGGGUGAGUCUAUCUGAGCUGGAGGACUAUGUCCACAACCUGGAGCCCGUAGGGUUCGCCCAGCAGACGCCCCUCUUCCCCCUCAGCAAGAACAAUGUGCUGCAGUUCCCUCAGCCUGGAGUGGGGGUCCGGUGGGACGCAGAGGAGAGGAAGGACUACAUUCCAGAUUAUAUGCCACCCUUGGUCUCACUACAGGAAGAAGAGGAGGAAGCCCUGGCUGACAUGGGCACCUCUGCUGAGGCCAUGCAGGUCCCGCUGGACGAUACCGACGAGGAUAUGGAUGAUGACGAGGCGGUGAACGAUGAGAACCACCCUGUGAAGAGACACCUGGACAGCCCCGACGCCGCCAUGGGUAUGAUGCCCACCUCCAAGAGGCCUCGCAUGCACUCUGGCUUCAGCCCCGACUGGAGCAUGGAGCCCAGGGAGCCCCUCACCUCCCUCAACCCUCAGCGUGUUCCUCCAGGCAUGAUGGCCUCCCACUCUCACGACAGCCUGGGUUCAAUGUCUAUGUCCCCUGAGACACCUGGGCCUCCAACAUCGUUCAGACCCCAGCCGGUGACCCCCGGGAGACACUCAGAUCAUAAGUCACAUGGCAGUCAAGGCCGCAAAGGGCCCAAGGGCUCAUCCCCCAGCAGGCCACGGACUAAGUCCCCCAAGGGGGUCAACGCUGGUGGGGCUAUGUCAGGCAGCCCCAUCCGCUCGCCCAAAUCUUCCAAGGAAAGGAAAAAGUCACCUUGCCGGACCAAGAGCCCUAAAAGUCCCAAGAGCCCCAAGAUAGGCUCUGGAGCCAAGUCUGGGUCUCACCCCCAGGGCAAGUCUGAGGCUCAGGUCCUUGGCCUACAGAGGCUGCCCCUGUCAGCCCUCAGUGAGAGGAUGGGGAAGGAGAAUAUCCACGUGCAGAGCCUAGAGGACCACGAGCUUGCAGCUUUUGUCUCUAGUAAGCUCGUCGAACCUGGCACCAACAACGCCGAUAUCGACGACUCCAUCGACACUGUGAUCGCCAGGGCAUGCGCCGAGCGGGAGCCCGACCCCUUCGCCUUCUCGUCGGGCUGCGAGUCGGAGAACGAUGGCUUCUCCUCUCCCCGCAGGCUCACUAUCAUGGAGCCAGGAGGAAUGCCUAAGCUCUCACUGGGAGCCAACACCAUGGCUAAAGACCUGUCCACGCCACUACACCUCAACGCAGGUGGCGGCCCCGGGAGCUGGACCAUGGACGACUCCAUCAAUGAGGUCAUACGCAAGGUAAACCAGGGGGAUCCCUCAGCAGGACAGCCCCAGGACGAAUCGUACCUCUCCUCAGCGUCCGCCUCACCCCCGACGCCGGAGCCCCUCCUCAAGAUGUUCCAGGAGAAGAACAAACUCGUCUCCUCGGCUGACAUCAAGAAGAAACUGAAGAAGGAGCUCAAGACAAAGAUGAAGAAGAAGGAGAAAGGAGAGAAACCGAAAGAUAAAGAGAGGGAUAAGGACAGGGGGAAGAUGAAAGAGAAGAACAAGGAUAAGAACAGGGACAAGAGCAAAGAUUCUUUCUCCAAAGAGGCCAAGAUACCAUGGAAGGACCUUGGAAACAAGGACGACCUCAGGGAACACUUCCAGGGUCAGAGGUCAGGGUUUGGCAGUCCGGAGGGCUCCAUGAUCAAGAUCAAGUCCCGCGGUGGAGGGGAUGGCAGCGGCAAGAAGGAGAAGGACAAACACAAAGACAAGAAGAAGGACAAGGAGAAGAGCAAGAAGGACAAAGACAAGCGGGAGAAGGGCAAGGACAGGCAGAAGAUAUCCUCCCUCACCCCGUUCAGUUUGAGUGACAUGCCUGUCCUGUUCAGCCCGUCGACGUGUCUCCGCAUCCCCUCGAUGUUGCCCCCUCUUCCCCCCAUCCUCCAGGACAAGGAUGUGAAGAGCAAGGAGAAGGACAAGAAGAAAGACGAGAAGAAGAAGAAGAAGAAGAAAGAUAAAGACAAGGAGAAGGAAAAGGAGAGAGAUAAAGAGGAGAAGAAGAAAGAGAAGGAGAAGCGAGAGAAGGAAAAAGAGAAGAUCAGACUAGAAAAGGUGAGGGUGGAGACUCCAGUGACUGUCCCGUCUCCUGUCAUCCCCAGGCUGACCCUGAGGGUGGGGGCUGGACAGGACAAAAUCUUCACCUGGAAUGCUUUUCCAACCGUCUUGAAGGAGUUCCCACAUAUGCUGAGCACUACAAAGAGGAACUCGGCUGUGAGCUGCCAGUGACACGAGCCUACCGGAUGAGCUAAAUACCUUUUAUGCUCGCUUCGAGACAAGCAACACUGAAGUAUGGAUGAGAGCCCUAGCUGUUCCGAACGACUGUGUGAUCACUCUCUCCGUAGCCAAGACCUUUAAACAGGUCAACAUUCACAAAACCGCGGGGCCAGGCGGAUUACCAGGACGGACAGUACUCAAAGCAUGCGCGGACCAACUGGCAAGUGUCUACACUGACAUUUUCAACCUCUCCCUGACCGAGUCUGUAAUACCUACAUGCUUCAAACAGACCACCAUAGUCACUGUGCCCAAGAAGGUGAAGGUAACCUGCUAAAUGAUUACUGCCCCGUAGCAGAGUCUUUUUGUAGCAGACUCUUUUCGACUACUGCCCCAUAGCAUUUUUUUAAAUUUUACCUUCAUUUAACUAGGCAAGUCAGUUAAGAACAAAUUCUUAUUUUCAAUGAUGGCCUAGGAACAGUGGGUUAACUGCCUGUUCAGGGGCAGAACAAUGGAUUUGUUUUACCUUUUCAGCUCGGGGAUUAGAUUUUGCAACCUUUCGGUUACUAGUCCAUCGCUCUAACCACUAGGCUACCUGCCGCCCCAUUUACGUCUGUAGCCAUGAAGUGCUUUGAAAGGCUGGUCAUGACUCACAUCAACACCAUCAUGCCAGAAACCCUAGACCACUCCAAUUCACAUACCUUUCCCACCUGGACAAAAGGAACACCUACGAGGUUGACUACAGAUUAAUUAGCAUUCGACACCAUAGUGCCAACAAAGCUCAUCACUAAGCUAAGGACCCUAGCUGGUAAGGGUAGGCAACUACACAUCUGUCACGCUGAUCCUCAACACUGGGGCCCCUCAGGGGUGCAUGCAUAGUAGAGGUCGACCGAUUAAUCUGAAUGGCUGAUUAAUUAGGGCCGAUUUCAAGUUUUCAUAACAAUCGGAAAUCAGUAUUUUUUGGACACUGAUUUUGCCGAUUCUUAAAAAAAAAAAAAUCUUUAUUUGACUAGGCAAGUCAAUUAAGAAUGCAUUCUUAUUUUCAAUGACGGCCUAGGAAUGGUGGGUUACCUGCCUCGUUCAGGGGCAGAACGACAGAUUUUCCCCUUGUCAUCUCGUGGGAUCCAAUCUUGCAACCUUACAGUUAACUAGUUCAACGCAACAACGGCCGUUGCACUCUUUGCAGUCCACAAGGAGACUGCCUGUUACGCGAAUGCAGCAAGCCAAGGUAAGUUGCUAGCUAGCAUUAAACUUAUCUUAUAAAAAACAAUCAAUCAAUCAUAAUCACUAGUUAACUACACAUGGUUGAUGAUAUUACUAGAUAUUAUCUAGCGGGUCCUGCGUUGUGUAUAAUCUGACUGAGUGGUGGUAGGCAGAAGCAGGUGCGUAAAUAUUCAUUCAAACAGCACUUCCGUGCAUUUUGCCAGCAGCUCUUCGUUGUGCGUCAAGCAUUGCGCUGUUUAUGACUCCAAGCCUAUCAACUCCCGAGAUGAGGCUGGUCUAACCGAAGUGAAAUGACUGGCUAGUUAGCGCGCGCUAAUAGCGUUUCAAACGUCACUCGCUCUGAGCCUUGGGGUGGUUGUUUCCCUUGCUCUGCGUGGGUAACGCUGCUUCGAGGGUGGCUGUUGUCGUUGUGUUCCUGGUUCGAGUCCAGGGAGGAGCGAGGAGAGGACGGAAGCUAUACUGUUACACUGGCAAUACUAAAGUGCCUAUAAGAACAUCCAAUAGUCAAAGGUUAAUGAAAUACAAAUGGUAUAGAGGGAAAUAGUCCUAUAAUUCCAUUAAUAACUACAAUCUAAAACUUCUUACCUGGGAAUAUUGAAGACUCGUGUUAAAAGGAACCACCAACUUUCAUAUGUUCUCAUGUUCUGAGCAAGGAACUUAAACGUUAGCUUUCUUACAUAGCACAUAUUGCACUCUUACUUUCUUCUCCAACACUUUGUUUUUGCAUUGUUCAAUUUGGUUUAAAUAUGGUUCAUUAUUUAUUUGAGACAUUUAUUUUAUUGAUGUAUUAUAUUAAGUUAAAAUAAGUGUUCAUUCAGUAUUGUUGUAAUUGUCAUUAUUAAAAAUACAUUUGGUUCUUUUUUGGUUCUCCAAUAAUCGGUAUCGGCGUUGAAAAAUCAUAUUCGGUCGACCUCUAAUACAUAGUCCCCUCGUGUACUCCCUGUUCAAUAAAAAUAAUAAUAAUAUAUGCCAUUUAGCAGACGCUUUUAUCCAAAGCGACUUACAGUCAUGUGUGCAUACAUUCUACGUAUGGGUGGUCCCGGGAAUCGAACCCACUACCCUGGCGUUACAAGCGCCAUGCUCUACCAACUGUGCUACAGAAGGACACCCACGACUGUGGCCAAACACAACUCCAACAUCAUUAAGUUUUCUGACGACACAACAGUGACCGACAACGAUGAGACGGCCUAUAGGGAGGUGGUCAGAGACCUGGCAGUGUGUUGCCAAGACAACCUCUCCCUCAAUGUGAGCAAGACAAAGGAGCUGUUCGUGGACUACAGGAAAAGGAGGGCCGAACAGGCCCCCAUUAAUAUCGACUGGGCUGAAGUGGAGCGGGUCGAGAGUUUCAAGUUCCUUGGUGUCCACAUCACCAACAAACUAUCAUGAUCCAAACACACCAAGACAGUUGUGAAGAGGGCAUGACAACGCCUUUUCCCACUCAGGAGACUGAAAAGAUUUGACAUGGGUCCUCAGAUCCUCAAAAGGUUCUACAGCUGCACCAUCGAGAGCAUCCUGACCGGUUGCAUCAACGCCUGGUAUGGCAACUGCUCACCAUCUGACCGUAAGGCGCAACAGAGGGUAGUGUGUACGGCCCAGUACAUCACUGGGGCCAAGCUUCCUAACAUCCAGGACCUAUAUAAUAGGCGGCAUCAGAGAAAGACCUCAAAAAUUGUCUAAGACUCCAGUCAUCCAAGUCGUAGACUGUUCUCUCUGCUACCGCACGGCAAGCGGUACCGGAUUGCCAAGUCUAGGACCAAAAGGCUCCUUAACAGCUUCUACCCCCAAGCCGUAAGACUGAACAAUUAAUUAAAUGGCCACCCAGACUAUUUACAUUGUAAAUCAAUGUAAAUAGUUUCUCUUUUUCUCCCCCUUUGUUUUUACACUGCUGCUACUCGCUGUUUAUUAUCUAUGCAUAGCCACUUUAGAAAUUACCUCGACUAACCUGUACACCCGCACAUUGACUCGGUACCGGUACCCCCAGUAUAUAGCCUCAUUAUUGUUAUGUUAUUUUCUUGUUACUUUUUUACUUUAAAAAAAAUGUUUUGUUACAGAAAUACUUUUUGUUAAUUUAGUAAAUAUUUUCUUAACUCUGUUUCUUGAACUGCAUUGUUGGUUAAGGGGUUGUAAGUAAGUUUUUCACGGUAAGGUCUCCACCUGUUGUAUUCGGCACAUGGACUUGUUGGCUGCUUUUCCUUCACUCUGCGGUCCAACUUAUCCUAAACCAUCUCAAUUGAGUUAAAGUCAGGUGAUUGUGGAUGCCAGGUCAUCGCUGCAGAAUUAUGUGGUAGCCAUGCUGGUUAUGUUUGCCUUGAAUUCUAAAUAAAUCACAGACGGUGUUACCAGCAAAGCCUCCUCCUCCAUGCUUCACGGUGGCAACCCCACACCAUCACACUUCCUCCUCCAUGCUUCACGGUGGCAACCCCACACCAUCACACUUCCUCCUCCAUGCUUCACGGUGGCAACCCCACACCAUCACACUUCCUCCUCCAUGCUUCACGGUGGCAACCCCACACCAUCACACUUCCUCCUCCAUGCUUCACGGUGGCAACCCCACACCAUCACACUUCCUCCUCCAUGCUUCACGGUGGCAACCACACAUUCGAGAUCAUGCGUUCACCUACUCGGCGUCUCACAAAGACAC